AUGGGCAGCAGAAGCAACUCCAGACGGAGGAGCGAAAGCCGCGGCCGAAGAGUCCCCAGCCGACGCGCAUCUCGCUCGCGCUCGAGAUCCGACUCUCGCCGACCACGGCGGCAGGACUCGCGCAGCAGGCGCUCGCGAACGCCCCCCAGGCGGAGAGGUCGCUCAUCCUCCAACCGGAGGAAGCGCAGUAGCUCGGGGGCGCGCCGCUCUCGCUCUCCUCGCUCACGCGACAAAAAGUACAAGAAGCUUCCAGAUGACUUUGCGGACAAAAGGUUCUAUGGCACGAUGAGAAUGGUGAAUAAAGGAUCCGGCUUCGGAUUCAUCUCGUGUCCCGAAACUCGGGCAGAGUUUGGAAGGGAUGUAUUUGUGGAUCUGAACCGGCUGCCUCCCAGCUGUGACCGGGAAGGAGAUAGAGUCAGCUUCAAGCUCGUGGUGGGAAGAAAAGGUUAUGCCGAAGCAACUGGGGUGGAGCGAGCAUGA